AUGAGCCUUGCCAAUAAGAGUGAGCUUCUUUGCGUCACCGAGCAAAUCCACUUGCACGCCAAGAACCUCGUUGAAUACCUGUCGAGGGAGUCCAUCAGCCCCCCGAGUCUCGAUGUUGGUGCGCGUACCAAGCUCUGGACUACGCACACGGGGCCCAUUGAAGAGCUUCGAUCGGCUAUCAAUGGUCUGACUCAACAAUUGGACAAGCUACUGCAGGGUCCCCAUGGCUUUCUGCAUGAAUACGUGUCGACAAAUUGGGAAUUUGGCGCCCUGUACACCCUGCUUGAAUAUGGAGUGUUGGAGACUAUUCCUCUCCACGGGGUUGCCAACAUUGGUGAACUCGCCGAGCAGGCAGCCUUGCCUGCGGACAAACUGCUACGCAUCUGUCGACUUGCCGCCUGUUCCGGUAUCCUCAAGGAGGUCGACGAUGGCGUGUUCGCACAUACAGCCGUUUCGGAAGAGUUGGUGACAGACGAGGGAUUCAAGUCCUUUAUCGCGUUCCAAUGGGGCAAGUCCAUGUACGAGUGGCAUGCUCAACAUCCGGAAAAGGGCCAACGCUUCGCCAAGGCCAUGGAGAGCGUCUCGAAGGCACUCGACCCAGGCAAUGGCAUGAUAAUGGACUGGUUCCGUGGCCGACCCAACCUUUGCGAGGACCAAGGAUGUCUAGUUGUGGAUGUCGCUGGAAAGACAGGUUCCUUUGCCGUGGAUCUCGCCGAUGCUUUUCCAAAUCUCCAUGUCCAAGUGCAGGAUCCGUCUGCCACUGCUUUGAGCAAAGGCAAGGAAAUCCUCCGGGAAGACCUCUCGGAGAGAGUGACAUUCCACCAGCGGGAACUGUUCUUGACUCGUUCUAUUACGGAGCACACCAAAAGCGGUCAUGACGGCACUGCACCUCUUGUGUUCCUUGUGCGCAGCGCAAUGUGGUGUCACGACGAUGAUAGCUGCGUCAAGCUGCUAAGGAGCUUUAUUCCUGUGCUCGAGUCCCCUGGUCACCCGACGCUUCUCGUCUGCGACUUGGUCUCGCCAGCCUGGGGAACGUUUGAGCCUCAUGUAGAGAGGGCAUUCCGAAGACGGGAUGUAACACUCAUGACGAUGCACAACGCGAAGCAACGAACAUCAACUGAAUGGAUGGCAUUGUUGAAAGAAGCAUGUCCAAAUUUCAAGGUGGAAUACUCCGAGCAGUAUAGUUCGCACAGCUGCCGUGGAUUGUGGCAGAUACAGCUUGCUGGCGAGUGA